UACUUAUUCCCCCCCCCCUCCUUUUCUUUUUUUUCUGAAUUGUAAUUUAAAAACCACAAACACAAGCCACAUAACAGAAACACGCUGCUGGGGGAUUACACGACAGUUUGGAAUUAGUUCUAGCAGAAAUAUCGACGGCAGCUGUACCAUGACUCUUAGAAUACAGUUGACUACACAGAUACCCAGCGUGGUGUAUAAAUACGGUAGGCUGACUUCACGAGGCACCAGUGUGACAAGAAGCCGUGUAUUAACAAGGCGCUUUGAAUCAGUGCUUACUUUCUCAAGAAAUGGGUCCGCAUAGGCGGAGCAUUUUUACGGCUUUCUGCCUCUUUCAAGUGACCCUCGCAUUCCAUGUUGGCAUCAGGAGUGAUGCUGACAAUCCAGACUUCUUAUUGAGCCAACCAUCUGAAGAUCACGUAGUCCUCUCAGAUCUUGUUCCUGAAGAGAGUUCCACUGUCGUAAAACCGGUGUCAUAUUCCUAUACAACAAAGAACACAGAUCAGAAGCCACAAGGAAGUAUCGUUCAUGCGUCCUCUGGCAGUCAACAAAGGCAACAACAACAGCAACAACAACAUCAACAUCAUCAACAACAGCAACAACAACAACAACAACAACGCAGAGCCUCCGGACAUCAUGCGCCAGUUAAGAUAGCUCCGAGACAUGCUACAGUAGUCCAUCAUACUCCACCACCACGCCCAACGCAACAGUAUCAAAGCGCUGCUACUGAGAACAACCACCAGGCACGACGUGAGAAGACAACGCAUCACGGACAAAGUCGCAAACAAAUCCGUGAAGAGCAGCAAGGGAGGAAGCGGCUUCGUGAUGAAGCCGAGGAGGUGGAGGAACAGCAUGAAACUAGGAAUCGUGAUGCCGUUGCUCCUCGCGAGGAACCGAGAGGACGGAAACAGGUUCACCGAGAGCAUACUGUGGAAGAAGAGGAAGAGGUCCCUGUUAGACGCAAUGAAGGGGAGCAUAAGAAGUACCACGGUGGAGCAUCAGAGAUAGUGGAGCAGCAUGCCGCUCCGACGGAAGUUAAACAUCACAGUGAUAAAGAACUGAAGAAACCGGUGGCAGAUACCGAUCAGAAGUCAUCAGCGACUGGACACGGAGAUGGCGGUGGAGGUGGAGGACAUCAUGAGAAGGGAGGCGGUAAAGAGCAUCACGCACACCACCACGAAGUUGAAGGCCACAAAGGAGAUAAGGGCUAUAAGGGACAUCACAGCUACGAGAAAGCCGAAAAGGGACAUCACGACAAGGAGGCACACAAAGGGCACUACGGCGACCAUGGAGGGAAGAAAGCCGAGCACCAUGAAGGUGGAGGCCACCAUGGCGAGCAUCAUCACGGGGAGAAAGGGGAGAAGGGAGCGAAGUACGGUGAAGAGGGAGGCCACAAAAAGGGACACAGCACCAAGGGUGAGCACAAUGUUCACAAGAAGGACGAGUAUGAGAAAAAACACGAGUUCUACGAUGAACACCAUGAGGGAGGCGACCACAGCAAGUUCGGUGAGUUCUUCAGCGAACACGAGGGCAAGGAGGGAGGUCACAAGAAGGCAGGACAUUUCAAGGCCAGUCACCAUGAUGAACACCACGGCAAGAAGGGCCAUCAUGAGAAGGGCCACCACCACGACGACCACAAGGGCCACAAGGCAGAGGAGGGCCACGAGGAACAUCAUGCACACAAAGAGGAGCACGACAAAAAGGAAGGCCAUGAGGAUGGCAAGAAGUGGGGGUACAGCAAAGGAGACGGCGGUGGCGGUGGCGGCAAAGGUCACCACUAAGUUUCAGUGAGUCGUAACACCAAAUUUCUAGUGUGGAUGAUUAUAAAUAAUAAGUGCUGCCAUUGUAUGGAGAUAAAAUGCACGAAGGAAGGACAAGACUUGAGUUGGAAUAUACUGUAUUUGUAAUAUACGCGUGCAUAGCUCCCUACGUCAAGGUUCGCGCCAGUACAUUCAUCCUGUGAGUAUUGUAGAUCGUAGGAGCGGGGUGCUACUUUGUGCUGCAUUGCA